AUGACGGAAACAACCGUUCCUCGUCGACCCUCUCUGCCACUGGACAUCUGGGCCGGUCAGCGCCACGGCACGAAAAGAAAGCCUGCCCACGAAAAAUACAGCUCGAUGCAGCAGUUUUUCAAUGAGCAGAGACAUCGACUCGCCCAGUCCCUGCCGUCGAAGAACAGUUUCCAUGGACGCCUUGUGCCUGAGACAAGAGGAGAGCUUGUCAGGCCGCAACCACCAGGUCAACCUCGAAGAGCAUUGACAACGGAAGAAGCAAGAUCGCAAAGAUCAAAAACUUCUGGGGGAGCCCAGAAGCAAUCCAAGGCCAUACAUCAGCUGACAAAAACGCAACUGAAGAACAUGUGGAAUGCCAUUCCCACGACUCACAGACAAGACUUGGAGAGAAAGCAGGCCAUGCCGAGGAUGAGGGUCUUGCGCAGGAGAUAUAGGCUGAGAGGCCUUGAUCCUACAGGAGGAGAGACAUAUAUCGACAACAAGGCUGCAACGGAUAUUGCAGAGCAGAAACCGUGUGAUCUGGCGGAUGGAGUCUCCUCCAAGGUAGUGUCGAUUGAUGAUGUUGGAUCUCGAAAUGCAAACGUGGCGGCUGACAAGAGCACUGGCAGUCAUGACUUUGAGGAGAGAAAUACACAUCCAUACGAUCAGAGCGUUGGAACCGAUGCUGCAACAGAGUCGAACCAACUAGCGGGCCUCUCCUCUGACAGCAUCGGGAGAAUCGGGGAAGAUGAUGUCGAAGAAAGACCGUUCCGCGGCACCAAGACAUCACCCAGAGACAUGGGAUCAGCUCCUGAAGCAGGGGGGAGCAUAUGGCAGCAGUUGUCCGACGACAGGCAGGAAGAUUUGGAGGAUAGUCAGGGCACAAAUGGACCUCGCCAGGAAAAGAUAGCCAGCGAGGCAAAACCCUACCACUAUGCCAAGUGUACACGCGGCGACAUCGAGAGGGCAGGGCCGAUGGGACGGGCCAACGUUGGCGAGACAAGAUGCUCGUCCAAGAGGAAGAGGUCUGCCGUGCAAGAUGCUCAGACCGGACUUGAGGUAAAACCCUACAAGAUACGAAAGCUUUGA